AUGGAACCCGGAAACCAAACAGAUGUUCAUCGGGGCUUCAUUCUUCUGGGCUUGUCAGAUGAUCCAGACCUUCAGUCUCUACUCUUCUGCUUGUUUCUGAUCAUGUACCUAGUCACCAUCCUAGGGAACCUGCUCAUCAUCCUGGCUGUCAUCUCAGAUUCCCACCUACACACCCCCAUGUACUUCUUCCUUUCCCAACUCUCCUUCACUGACAUCUGCAUCAGCACCUGCACGGUCCCCAAGAUGCUUCUGAACAUUCAGACUCGAACUCGGAGCAUCACAUACGUGAGCUGUCUGGCCCAGAUUGGCUCUGUCUUGACAUUGGGCGCAUUUGAGAAUUUCCUCUUGGCUGCCAUGGCUUAUGACCGCUAUGUGGCCAUCUGCCACCCAUUGCGGUAUGCGGCCAUCAUGAACCCCCGGCUCUGUGGGCUGCUGGUUGGGGUAUCUCUGAUCCUGAGUCUUGGGGACGCCUUGCUCCACACGCUGAUGGUGCUGCCCCUGGCCUUCUGCUCAGACCGGGACAUCCCUCACUUCUUUUGUGAAUUCUCCCAGGUUAUCAAGUUGGCCUGUUCUGACACCCUCAGCAAUAAUAUCUUGUUCUAUCUCAUGACUUGCAUCUUUGGUGGCAUUCCUGUGUCUGGCAUCCUUUUCUCUUAUACUCAGAUUAUCUCAUCUGUGUUGAAAAUCCCAUCAGCUGGGGGCAAGUUGAAAGUGUUCGCUACGUGUGGGCCUCACAUUUUAGUGGUUUUCUUGUUCUAUGGGACAGCGUUUGGGGUAUACAUUACUUCUUCAGUUAUUGAUUCUCCUGGGAAGACGGCCGUGGCUUCCGUGAUGUACAUUAUAGUGCCUCAAAUGAUGAACCCCUUCAUUUACAGCCUGAGAAACAAGGACAUGAAAGGAGCCUUGAGGAAGCUCGCCAGUAGAACUGUUUCAUGA